GUGUGUGGCGGUGCGUUUCAAUGUAAAUAUGGUGGGCAGUGUGGAACAUUAUCCACGGGUCGGGCAACAUGUUUUUGUCCAAUGAAAUGCAGUAAAAAUGAUGAUAACCCUGUGUGUGGAAAGAUAAUGUAACCUAUCCUAAUCUUUGUACGGUUCAGAAGUAUUCUUGCAUUCGACAAAGGCCAAUUGAAGUAAAUUACUACGGACACUGCAUGGUAUCCAGCUGUAAGCAGGCUCUUCAGGAAGAACUGGGAAGAGAGGAUGGCGAUUAUUCAAUGGUCAUUAAUCCAAAAUGCAAACGCCCCGUUAAAGUGUAUUGUUAUGGAAUGAACACCCCUGAUCCCAAAGAAUACAUCACUCUCGCUCAGGGAUCAGAUAAUCACGCCCGAAUAUAUCAUCUGAAACUCCGUCAAUCCAAACGCAAUCAAUGUGGAGGCAUAGAUCCAGGAAGCGAGCCUUACAACGAAGGAGGCUUCACAAGAUUCUAUAAGGUCCGUUUUGACAUCGCGAGUUCAAAAAUCUUGCCAACUGAUUUCAGAUUUGCGAGCAGCAGUAAUGAAAACAAUAUUCCCUACGGCACUGCUGGAGAUUGCUAUUCAUCAAAUAAUGGAAAUUGUAGAAAAGGUAGUUUUUCUAUCGAUCUUAGAGGAACUGGCUUGAAACUACGAUCACCAGCGAUCUGGACGCUUGUAGCCAGACCUGCUGGUAUUCGAAUACAGGAUUUCCAAGUGCGUAACAAUAGUCAGGUUAUUUCUGCUAAAUGUGGUGGUUACUGUGGCAAGUGUCGACCAAAAGAUGACGUCGUACUGGAGCAGCUGCAUUGUGCUCCGUGUGAUGGAGUUACUUGUGAUUUUGGGAUAUGUAAACCUGAUUCGUUGACCGUGCUGGGUUAUCGUUGCAUAUGUGCAGACUGCGUCUCGGAAAGACGUUCGCUGACCCACAGCAAGGUGUGUGGUAGUGAUAACGUAACCUAUGAAAGUGAAUGUUUAAUGAGAAGAAACGCUUGUUUGAAGAAGACCACCAUCACUGUUGCUUUUAAAGGCUCUUGCGAUCCUUGCGAGAAAGUAAAGUGCAAGAAUCAUGGCGUUUGUGUGAGAGAUAGAAAUAUGAUCCGUGGUUAUCGCUGUAAAUGUAAAAAAUGCUCAAGUUUUGAGAACAAUGUGUUCCCUGUCUGUGGAACAGAUCGAAGAACGUACAGGAAUGAAUGUCACCUUAAACGUCACUCUUGUCGCAGGAACCGUCACGUGACCAUUGCCUAUAAAGGUUCAUGCGAUCCUUGUCGUGGAGUCAGCUGUCCAUAUUUUGGUAUGUGUGUACCAAAGACCUCUUCACCCCGUGGCUAUGAAUGUCAGUGUCAAGUAAACUGUCCUCCUGAUGUCUCUAAAGUAUGUGGCAGCGAUGGAAAGACAUAUAGGAGUAAAUGUGAAGUUCGUCGUGAAUCCUGCUCAAGAAGAAUCACCAUUUUACUUGCAUACACCGGAUCAUGUGAUCCUUGUGAAGAUAAGCGAUGCUCUUUCAACUCAACUUGUGUCUCAGAUCUAAGAAAUCAAGCACAAUGUGUUUGUCCAGAAUGUACUGGCGAACCUGUCAACUAUAUAUGUGCGAGUGAUGAGAAAAGUUACAUAAAUCUUUGUGAAGCUAGAAAGCAUGCCUGUCAAAGAAAAAUCAACAUCAAGUUUGUUCGCGUUGGAAAAUGCAAUCCUUGUGAAGAUAAAGUAUGUCCUCAGUAUGCCACAUGUGUUGUGAAUAGGAAUAACAAAGCUAGAUGUAGGUGUCCAAAAUGUCCUCCAACAACAAAAUAUGUUUGUGGUGAUGAUAAAAGAACUUAUAAGAACGAAUGUGAACUUAGAAGGGAAUCUUGCAUCACUGAAAGAAAUAUAACAGUCCUUCACGAAGGCAAAUGCGAUCCAUGUAAAGAAAAGAAAUGUCCUCAGUAUGCCACAUGUGUUGUGAAUAGGAAUGAUAAAGCUAGAUGUAAAUGUCCAAAAUGUCCUCCAACAACGAAAUAUGUUUGUGGUGAUGAUGAAAGAUCUUAUAACAAUGAAUGUGAACUGAGAAGGGAAUCUUGCACAACAAAAAGGAACAUAAAAGUUCUUCACGAAGGCAAAUGCAAUCCAUGUGAGGAGAAGAAAUGCCCUCAGUAUGCCACAUGUGUCGUAAACAGUAAUUACAAAGCUAGAUGUAAAUGUCCUACAUGUCCUCCAACGACUAAACAUGUUUGUGGUGAUGAUGAAAGAACUUAUAACAACGAAUGUCAACUAAGGAGGAAAUCUUGUACCACUGAAAGAAACAUAAAAGUCCUUCGUGAAGGCAAAUGCAAUCCAUGUGAAGAAAAGAAAUGUCCUCAGUAUGCCACAUGUGUCGUGAACAGUAAUUUUAAAGCGAGUUGCAGAUGUCCUACAUGUCCUCCAACAACAAAAUAUGUUUGUGGUGAUGAUGAAAGAACUUACAACAGCGAAUGUCAACUAAGAAGGGAAUCUUGUACCACUGAAAGAUAUAUAGCAGUCCUUCAUGUAGGCAAAUGCAAUCCAUGUGAAGAGAAGAAAUGUCCUCAGUAUGCCACAUGUCUCGUGAACAGUAAUUAUAAAGCGAGUUGUAAAUGUCCUACAUGUCCUCCAACGACUAAACAUGUUUGUGGUGAUGAUGAAAGAACUUAUAACAGUGAAUGUGAACUAAGAAAAAAAUCUUGCACAGCAAAAAGGAACAUAAAAGUUCUUCACGAAGGCAAAUGUAAUCCAUGUAAUAAAAAGAAAUGCCCUCAGUAUGCCACAUGUGUCGUGAACAGUAAUUUUAAAGCGAGUUGUAAAUGUCCUAAAUGUCCUCCAACAACAAAAUAUGUUUGUGGUGAUGAUGAAAGAACUUAUAACAACGAAUGUCAACUAAGAAGGGAAUCUUGUACCACUGAAAGAAAUAUAGCAGUCCUUCAUGAAGGCAAAUGCAAUCCAUGUGAAGAAAAGAAAUGUCCUCAGUAUGCCACAUGUGUCGUGAACAGUAAUUAUAAAGCGAGUUGUAAAUGUCCUACAUGUCCUCCAACGACUAAACAUGUUUGUGGUGAUGAUGAAAGAACUUAUAACAGUGAAUGUGAACUAAGAAAAAAAUCUUGCACAGCAAAAAGGAACAUAAAAGUUCUUCACGAAGGCAAAUGUAAUCCAUGUAAUAAAAAGAAAUGCCCUCAGUAUGCCACAUGUGUCGUGAACAGUAAUUACAAAGCUAGAUGUAAAUGUCCUACAUGUCCUCCAAUGACUAAAUAUGUUUGUGGUGAUGAUGAAAGAACUUACAACAGCGAAUGUGAACUGAGAAGGGAAUCUUGCACAACAAAAAGGAACAUAAAAGUUCUUCAUGUACGCAAAUGCAGGAAAUGUAUCUGCCCGCCUUAUGCCCAAUGUGUUCGGGACGAGCAAAACUUGAAGAAUUACAAAUGUGUCUGUCCUUCGUCUGGUUCUCAACAUCAAAGUAAUGUGUGUGGCAGUGAUGGACGAACAUAUAUGAACAGAGAAGUUUUGGAACGAGAAUCUUGUGUUGCUGAUCUCAAAGUAUCCGUUUUAUAUGCUGGAGUUUGUCGUCCUUGUCGUGGUCGAAAUUGUCUUCACCAUGCUGAAUGCGUGGUUCAAGGAGAUCAAGGUGUUUGUCAAUGUACUUUGAAAUGUCCUAAUGGUAUUAAACCUCGAACAAUUUGUGCUAGCGAUGGAAAUACUUACGAAAGUGAAUGUCAACUGAAGAAGAAGUCUUGUCAAGAACAACGACCCAUGGAAAUCAAACACGAAGGACCUUGUACGAAAUGUAUCUGCCCGCCUUAUGCCCAAUGUGUUCGGGACGAGCAAAACUUUAAGAAUUACAAAUGUGUUUGUCCUUCGUCUGGUUCUCAACAUCAAAGUAAUGUGUGUGGCAGUGAUGGACGAACAUAUAUGAACAGAGAAGUUUUGGAACGAGAAUCUUGUGUUACUGAUCUCAAAGUAUCUGUUUUAUAUGCUGGAGUUUGUCGUCCUUGUCGUGGUCGAAAUUGUCUUCACCAUGCUGAAUGCGUGGUUCGAGGAGACCAAGGCGUUUGUGAAUGUCCUCAGAAAUGCCCAGAAGAGAUUGUACCGCGAUUGAUUUGUGCCAGUGAUGGAAAUACUUACGACAAUGAAUGCCAAAUGAGAAAAGAAUCUUGUCAACAACAACGACCUUUAGAAGUUAAGCACAAAGGACCUUGUGAUGUUUGUCAAAACAACACUUGUUCGUAUCACUCAAAAUGCCUUGGGACACCAGGAAAGAACUCUUACAUUUGUACAUGUCCCAACAAGCACUUCGGUCAAGUAAACGAAGUAUGUGGCGCUGAUGGCCGAACUUAUCGCAACAAAGAAACUUUACAACAGCAAUCCUGUUUGAGACAACUUUCAAUUGACGUUGUUCAAGAAGGAGUCUGCGGACCCUGUAGAGGCGUUUCGUGUGACUUUAAUGCAGAUUGUGUUGUGAUGCGUGAUGGGACGAAGAUAUGCCGCUGUCCAGAGAAAUGUUUUUCUGUUCCCAAACCUGUUUGCGGCAGUGAUGGUAAUACGUACAAAGAUGUUUGCGAGUUAAAGAGAGUUGCAUGUUUUAAAAGACAACCGUUGACUGUAAUUGCAAACAAGAAAUGCACUUUUCCUGCAGAAGAGAUUGAUGUCAUCUUUGCCCUCGGAUCCAUUGGUAAAAACUUCGACCCGUUGUUUGAAAUUGAAAAAAACAUCACGAAAACCAUCUUAAAACAGCAGAUGUCGCCCCAAACAAGGCAAGGCGUGAUUGUUUUCGGCGAGGAAGCAAAAGAGAAAAUACCACUGCAAGAAAUCGAUGAUUUGCCAGAAAUGCGAGCGAAAAUACAAAAGUUAGAAUGGCCUUCUAAUGCAAAGAGUUUGACACUGCCUUUUGAGAAAGCUGCUCAAAUGUUCAAAGAACAAGGUGAAACAUCUUGUGGGUUUACAAUGAAGUACUUUCAUCUGCUUCGCAAUUUUCCACUCUAUGUACUUCUUUUUCAUCUCUGUGCAUUUUUUAUUUUCCACUUUAUGUACGUCUUUUUCAUCUCUGUGUAUUUUUUAUUUUCCACUUUAUGUACUUCUUUUUCAUCUCUGUGUAUUUUUUAUUUUCCACUUUAUGUACUUCUUUUUCAUCUCUGUGUAUUUUUAUUUUCCACUUUAUGUACUUCUUUUUCAUCUCUGUUCAUUUUUUCAGGUCGUCCGGGCUCGCGAAAGUUUCUUAUAAUAUUCAUAAGCGGUCAGUUGGACGUACCCAGCGACAAAUUGAAAAAUGCAGCCAAGAAAUUACACGAUUCAGGAGUAAAGAUUAUAGCAUAUAAACUGAAUGAUGUCAUUGACGAUGAUGUCAUAACUCAGAUUAUUCCCAAUGAAAAGGUGAUCAAGACUAGCUCCAAUGAUGAUCCUUGGAGGCUAGGAAUGCUUUUUGAUUUUCAGACAAGAAAAGAACCUUGUGAGAUCCUUAAUUGUCAAAACUACGCGCUCUGUGAAACAUCAUCAAAUCAACAACCUCGUUGUGUCUGCCCAUCAUGCCCCAGGCUGAACGAUCCCGUAUGUGGCAGCGAUGAUAAAACAUAUGUCAAUGCAUGCGAGUUGCGCAGAACGUCUUGCCUAGAAGGUCGUAAAUUUGGUGUUAAAACCAAAGGGAUAUGUCCCGUGAAGCAGAAAGAAUAUGUCGUUUUUGUUCUUGGCUCCAGUGGUUUGAAUGCACAAAAACGCUUUCAGUAUCAAAAGCAAGUCGUUAAGGAGUUUCUCAAGAAUAACUCUAAUUCUAACCUGGAAAUGUCACUCACUGUUGUUACAUACGGACUGGAAACAGCCGAAACUUGGCCUGUGAGUCUUCGUGAUAAAUCAAACCAGAAGACAUAUGUAGAUAACAUUCCUUGGAAUGGUCCUGGCAGAAGAUUAGACCUUGGAUUGAUAAAAACUUCAGAUGCACUUCAGAAUGCAAAUCCAAAAAGUCGUAAGCGAGUGUACGUUUUCAUCAAUCAGGCUGCCAACAUCCAUUCCAAACCAGCUCAAAAGGCCGCCAGUAAACUUCUCAAUGAAGGUGCUGAGCUUAUCUCUGUGCAAAUCAUGGAUGAUGAGGAAGACAGAUGGAAAAGUGGCUUGCAAGAUUUAUUCGUCGUGAAAGCUCGUGUAAAUGAUGAUCCAGAAAGAAUAGCUCUUCUAUUGGUAAUGACUUAUAACUUUGAUCCUUGUAGUCGUCUCAAUUGCAGGAAAUACCACGGAUCAUGCGUGUUGACGAUAAACAAUGCUCCUGAAUGUAAAUGCCUUCAGAAUUGUGGGUACCAGGACACUCCUGUUUGUGGCACGGACAGAAACACUUAUUUCAGUGAAUGUGCUUUGAAAAAGGAUAGCUGCAUUAGGGAAAUGCCUAACGAAAUACAGCAUCAAGGACAGUGUAACCAUUGUCGCCAUUUAAACUGCCCUCCCUUCAGUAAAUGCAUGUUAAGUGGUGCUAGUGAACCGUACUGCGCAUGUCGGGACGUCACCAAGUGCCCUCGUGAACACAAGCAAUCGUGUGAUCAGGAAAUGAAAGUCUACAGAAAUUUGUGUGUACUCAAAGCCGACUCGUGUGUAGCUAACAAAACUGUGCAAAUACAGGAUUCAAUGAGCUGUGCUGCGCGUUUUUUCUCCCAUGAAUCCUUUAUGAUCCUAAGAUCACCCUACGAUAUUCAAAGCGAUAGAACGGAUAUCUUAAUUCAUGUCCGUCCCAUCAACAAGAAUGGCGUGCUCCUGUACGUUGAUUCUCGACAAUCCAUUGAUUUCUUGAGUUUGGCAUUGAUAGAUGGUUUUCUCGUAUACAGACAUGAGCUUGGCUCUGGUCGAGUGGAACAAAGAAGCAUUGCAAGGUUACCUAUGCACCAAUGGAAUAAGAUAAUUAUUUCCAGACGUGGAAACUCAGUUGAUCUAAAUGUCGAUACGACGAUAGCGAGGUCUAGACGUGCUGCUGCUGUAAAUACCAUGUUGAACGUUGAUAGUCACGUUUACCUUGGAGGACUGGAUACUAGGAAAGAGAGCCAUGAAGAGAAAAUUGGGACGUCAAUCAGUUACCAUGGUUGCAUAAAGGGACUUGUCAUCAACGGGGAGGAAUACGAUUUACACCAUCCGGGAAAUCACGUCUUGCGGCAAGGAAAUAUACGAAGUUGCGCAAACGAUCCUUGUGAACAGCGUCCAUGUUUAAAUGGAGGAACAUGUGAGUUGUUUGGAGAGUCAUACAGAUGCGUAUGCUUGGAUGGGUUUGUUGGCAAAAAAUGCCAAAGCAAAGAUCACUCUGUCUACCUUCAUGGUCAUAACUCACAUUUCUCUACUCCAUCGAUGAACGAAAGAUGGCUAUUCUCCUUCUCCAUGGAAAUACGACCUAAAGAACGCAAUGCUUUGAUAUUCUCUGGGACUGCACGCCAUCAUGCUGACGAUUGUCUGAUCUUAGAUAUGAAUGACGGUUAUGUUGAAUUGAGACUGAAUGUUGGAACAGGUUUAAAUAUAUUUCGCACUCGUAAAAGACUUGCCUUGCACAUCUGGCAUAAUAUCUCUGUUACAAGAGACAGUGAUGGGGUCAAUUUGAUUGUUGAUGACGAAAUCAUUCAAAUGUCAAGCAAACCAAGUUCACUAGCUGUACAACUGCGUGGAAAUUUAACGUUUGGUUCUAUAACACACCCAAUUGAUAGAAUAAUCGUACGAGCCAACACUGGUUUUAAUGACUUUCAUUUUACUGGAUGUCUGAGGAAGAUUAUUUUAACGCAUUAUGUGAUGGAUCUUAAUGUACCAAGUGAGGAUCUCUCGGGAUAUUCGGGAAUGAAGAAAUGCUCAUCUUGUGUUGGCAGUCCUUGUGGAAUACAUGGAAACUGUAUUAGAAAGUUGGACUUGACUUUUAAGUGCGCAUGUUUCGAAAAGUACGUCACAGACCUGUGCAAAUUUAAAGAGAAACCGCGGUACUUCAAAUCCAUGGAAUCGUAUUUAUCAUUUCCACUAAUCAAAGGCUACAAAGAUUUUAAGCUAUCUUUCCAAAUAAGACCUGAAAUACCGAAUGCCCUGCUGGUCUACAUGAAUGGUAAAUUAAAUAAAGAUCAUUUCGCCAUCGCAAUCAUUGACAGUAUUUUACAGUUGAGAAUAAACGCAGGGAGUGGUCAAGUUAUCGCACGCUUAAAGAAACCUUUAACGUUAUUAGCAUGGCACAAAAUCGACGUUGAAAGAAACGAGCAGAAUUUCACUAUUACUCUCGAUAAUGAUCAAAGUGCGUCCAUUAUAUUAUCGAGAGGUUUUACCAUUCUCGAUCUGAAAGGUGAAAUGUUCAUUGGUUCACCAAGCACUCCUGUUGGAAGAAUUAUAGCCCGUGAACAGGUUCCUUUGAGAUAUCUUCAGUUCAUCGGUUGCUUCCGACGGUUUUACGUCGACGAACGAAGAAUCAACCUUGAUUAUCCAACAGGCGACGUCCUUAAACAAAACGACGUGGGUCUUUGCAACGUCAAUCACACAUAGAUGACUCCUGUGUCCAUUCAGAGAUUGCUCAAAGUGAAUAUAAACAUAUUUCAACAUGGGAAGAGUAUAUUUUAUUCGUGUGCAUGUGUCUAGGGGCAUUAAUAGAGACCAUUUCAUAACUCGUAAAAUGACACUCACAUAUCACGUUUCAGUCAGACGUCGCUGCCUGGAUAACAAACAAUUUUUCAUUUUUUUGUGCGCACUAAUCAAUUAUUGCUUUGAAUUGGAGCAAAAUGUUUCAGCUUCCGCAUGUGUGACUGUAGGAAGGCAGAAAAAAAAAGCGAAAAAAAGCCAACAGGAUGUGCAAAGUCUUUUGACUUUGAUCAGAAAUGACGUAAGAUGUACGUCAUUUUCAAAAUGAAAUGAUAUUUUUAGAGAAAAAAUAAAGACAUCUAGACAA